AUGGAGGACGAAGUUGUUCACAAACUUACAUCCUUUCAACUCUCAGAGAAAGAAGCUCAGCCUAUAGCCAUAGAUGUAUCAGACACUCAUAUCAGCGCAGAGGUCUGUAAAAGAAAUCUCUUUGGGAAGAUCCAUGGUCAAAAGAAAGCUCAACUUCCGGGGCUUAGAAGGGCAGACUACCCUCACCUCCAUCAUAAUUCAUCUCAUACUUCCAACUCUGAAUCCCCUAAACCCAGCAAUGGUUCUCCUUCUAAACCUGCACCUCCUGAGAAAGCCUCAUCCCAAAUAUCUGAAUCAGACCACCAGCCAUCUCAUAAACCAUCAUCUCCUCAACCUAACCAUUCAACCCCUAUCAUUCCUUCACCACCUGCUGUCCACUCCAUUCUCCCAAUCAACUCCCAAGCUGAUCACUUGAUGAUGGUGGAUACUCUUUGUCCCACUGCUAAACCCUCUCUUUCAACCCCUCUCUCUGCUGAUUUGAUCCCUAUACCUUCCCCCUCUAUUAAAGCUAGAAAAUGGAGAAGAAAGCCCAACUCCAAGGCCACUCUGAAUUAUAUCACCAUCCCUCCUACCUCUCCAAUAGUCACCAGAGACCUGUUUGGUACUCCUUCUUGUUCAGACAUGUUUGGUGCUGCAGCUAGGCCAUUUAGGGCAGUGGUUGUA